GGAACAGAUGCUUGGAAUGGUAUUGGGAUCCAAUUACUGCACUUUUCCAACCUUACAUCUAUUGUCUAAACUUGGAGCAGGCAUAUUUUUAUUCCUUGGUGACACUAUAUAAAGAGACAAUUGGCAUUGUGUUUGCUGGCUGACUGGUUGGCAGAGAAGGGGUGGAAGGAGCAGCAGCACCAUGGCUCCCAAAAAGGCAAAGAAGAAGAUAGAAGGUGGUUCCAAUGUUUUCUCUAUGUUUGAACAAACCCAGAUCCAGGAGUUCAAAGAGGCUUUUACCAUCAUGGAUCAGAACAGGGACGGCUUUAUUGACAAAGCAGACUUGAGAGACACAUUUGCUGCACUAGGUCGUCUGAAUGUCAAGAAUGAAGAGCUUGAAGACAUGGUGAAGGAGGCGCCAGGUCCUAUUAACUUCACUGUCUUCCUUACAAUGUUUGGGGAAAAGCUGAAAGGCACGGACCCAGAAGAAACCAUUCUGAAUGCUUUUAAGAUUUUCGACCCAGAAGGAAAAGGCCGCAUAAAGGCAGACUACAUCAAAGAAAUGCUUAUGACACAGGCAGACCGCUUCAGUCAAGAAGAGAUCAACCAGAUGUUUGCUGCUUUCCCUCCAGAUGUCUCUGGGAACCUCGACUAUAAGAACCUCUGCUAUGUUAUCACCCAUGGUGAGGAGAAAGACUGAGAGCAAAGAGAGGAGCUUCUCCUGUGGUAAUGCACUGAGUUAUUCCAUGAUGCUCUCGUGUACAAGGGCAAAGCAUCCAGGAUGUGAAGCCAUGUGGUCAUCGGAAGAGAACCAAUAAAAUAAUCGAAAAUAAAUUAAAGUUA